AUGCCGAACUCGAACGACUACGACGUGAGAUUAUUUCAUCCAUCGGCUAUGGCUGGAGAUGCAGCUCCACAUCCGACAGACCAGCAUCCACACGUGGAAGCCGCCAUGGAUCUUCCAGUUGUGGUUGAUUCGAACGACGAUGAAAUAGUCUCUCACGAACUAGAGCAAAUGAGGAGUAUAUUGGAAGAGGCGAUUUUGGAAACGCGCAGUACCCCUCUCGAAAAUCGACCGCGACUUACCCGCAUACCCCUAAGCAAGCGAAAUCGGGCUGUCGUGAGGGCUCUUAACCCAAUGCUGGUGACCUAUUUGGAAGCCAGCCGGGACCUUUGCGAGACGGACUCAAUUCUCUUUGGCGCCGCAGCGGUAGUUUGCCGUAUUAUUGGCGCCAAACUUCCCAUGGCUGGACGCGCUACUACACAAAGUAGCGCCAUCCCAGCCUGGGGAAAAAGAAUCGAGGACCGUAUCGCAAAGGCAAGGGCCCUUAUCGGCAGACUGACAAGCUUCAGGUCGGGUAAUAAUAGACCGAGGAUUGUGCGCACCGUUAGGAUGGCGUUUGCUGGGACAAAUAUCAGUUUGUCCCAGCCGGAUAUCACGCAGAAACUAACGGAGCGCAUAGACGACCUGAAGCAAAAGAUCGCUGCUUGGGGUGAAGCGGAUUCGACGAUUUACCGAGAGAUAAGCGAACAAAAUAUCUGGACCUGGCUCACGAGGUGA